GGUGGCUAACGGUGCGGCAGGUGCUCCCCGAAGGAGGCUGGGCUGUGGGGGGAGGGAACAUGGCGCUGGGUACCAGGGCAUCGCGGUGGCUGCUGUACCUGCCGGCCGGGAGUUGCCUCCUCCUGGUGCUGCUGCUGCUGCUCUGUGUGCAGCUCGGGGGCGGACAGAAGAAGAAGGAGAAUCUGUUAGCGGAAAAGGUGGAACAGCUUAUGGAAUGGAGCUCAAGGCGCUCAGUCAUCCGCAUGAAUGGAGACAAAUUCAGAAGAUUUGUGAAGGCCCCACCUCGUAACUACUCUGUGAUUGUAAUGUUCACAGCUCUCCAGCCACAGAGACAAUGUUCUGUUUGCAGGCAAGCUAAUGAAGAAUAUCAAGUGCUGGCCAACUCAUGGCGCUACUCAUCUGCUUUUUCUAAUAAAUUAUUCUUCACUAUAGUGGAUUAUGAUGAAGGGGCAGAUGUUUUUCAACAGCUCAAUAUGAACUCUGCUCCGACAUUCAUGCAUUUUCCUCCGAAAGGUAAACCCAAGAGGGCUGACACCUUCGACCUGCAGAGAAUAGGAUUUGCAGCAGAGCAGCUAGCUAAAUGGAUAGCUGAUAGAACGGAUGUCCAUAUUAGGGUAUUCAGGCCUCCGAACUAUUCAGGCACUAUUGCACUGGCUCUUUUAGUGUCACUUGUUGGUGGCUUGCUGUACUUGCGAAGAAAUAACUUGGAGUUCAUCUACAACAAGACUGGCUGGGCAAUGGCAGCUCUGUGCGUUGUGUUUGCUAUGACUUCUGGUCAAAUGUGGAAUCAUAUCCGGGGACCUCCAUAUGCUCAUAAGAAUCCUCAGAAUGGACAAGUGAGUUACAUACAUGGGAGCAGUCAGGCUCAAUUUGUUGCAGAAUCACAUAUUAUACUACUACUGAAUGCUGCUAUCACCAUGGGAAUGGUUCUUCUGAAUGAAGCUGCUACUUCCAAAGGGGAUGUUGGAAAAAGGAGAAGAAAUGAGGAAAUAAUGAAAAUUGCCAGCUGUCAUCUGCCAUUUAAAGAGCUAACAUGUCAAUUUAAUAUGCCUCGUAGGACUGGGUUUGGUGGUUUUCUUCUUCAGCUUCCUGCUGUCGAUAUUCCGCUCCAAAUACCAUGGCUAUCCAUACAGCUUCUUAAUUAAAUGAAUUCAAGUGGGAUACACAUAAGGCUAAUGUUUACUAUGAAGAUAAGCAAUUACUGAUAUUAUCUGCUCACCUAUAUUACAUUUAUUCAAGAUUCCUGUGUUGGUUCAUCUGUGUAUUUUUUUAUUUUAUUUUUUUGUGUGAUAAGUUACAGUAUUCUUGUAGAGAAAAUAUUUUUUUUUAUAUCUUACAUAAAGAAUGCUUCAUUUAAAUUAUAGGAACCUAUAUAUUAAAUGUUAAAUAUCUUAAUGGAAAAUGUGGCAAACUGUUGUGGAUACAGUAUAUUUAGUGGUGCAAAAUUUAAAGAACAUUAAUUAUAAUGUGUCUUGUGGUUGUAUUGCCACCUUGUUGACAGGUUAUUAAAAAACCAAAAGGAUAUGACUGAGGUCUUUUUUGGUAACGUGUUAUAAAGUUGUCUUGAGAUGUACUUUAGAAACCCCCCACCCCACCAACAAAAAACAAACAAAAAAAACCCUGCUAUUGGAGAAACCAUACAUGAAGUUAAAACUGUUAUUUGAUCACAUAGAGCAUAUUAUAAUUUAUUAAUGCCACUUGGACAAUAAAGAAAAUAAAUGUUGAA